GAAGAGAGGUUGGUGAGUGGAGAUCAGCAGUCUACGGAGGAGGGAGGUCCUCUGUAUUCCCAGGAUUCUACACGGGAAGAUCACCACUAUACAGAGAAUGAUCAGAAUGAAGAACGGAAAGACAUCAAAGUUGAGCAUAAAGAAGAAGAAGAAGAGAGGUUGGUGAGUGGAGAUCAGCAGUCUAUGGAGGAGGGGGAGAUGAUUAUGAAAUGUAAGCCGGAGGAAUUCUCUCUACAUAUCGACACAACAGAUGGACGGUGUUUCUGGAAUAUAAAUCCAUCGGAGGGACAUCUUAUUAUAUCUCCAGAUUGUAAGGCAGAAGAUACCGACAUUCCACAAUAUUCUCCCAAAGUCACCUCUGAUUGGUUGGUUAGAUCAUCAGAUCCUUCCAAUCCUGAGGAACCUUCUGAUAAAUCCCAUACUAUGACUUCAGAGGUCCAUCCAAGUUCUCACAGUGCUGACAGAUCACCAGAUCCAUCCAAUCCCCAGACAUCUUCUUCAAGCCAUAAGAAGGUUCACACAGGAGAGCGUUCAUUUUCAUGUUCAAAGUGCGGGAAAUCUUUCACUGCAAACAAAAACCUUCUUAUGCACCAGAGAAUUCACACGGGUGAGCGUCCCUAUCCAUGUUCCGAGUGCGGGAAAUGUUUCACUGCAAACAAUAACCUUCUUAGGCACCAGAGAAUUCACACGGGUGAACGUCCCUAUCCAUGUUCCGAGUGCGGGAAAUGUUUCACUCAGAAACAGCAACUUAUUGUACACCAGAAAAUUCACACAGGUGAGCGUCCCUAUCAAUGUUCAGAGUGCGGGAAAAGUUUCAUUCGAAAAUCAGUCCUGAUUUCCCAUCAAAGAAUUCACACCGGUGAGCGUCCUUUCUCUUGUUCAGAGUGCGGGAAAGGUUUCCUUAAAAAAGCAACCCUUAUUAUACACCACAGAACCCACACAGGUGAGCAUCCUUAUGUAUGUUCAGAGUGCGGGAAGUGUUUCAUUGAAAAAAAAAACCUUCUUCGACAUCAGAUAAUUCACACGGGUGAGCGUCCUUUUUCAUGUUCAGAGUGUGGGAAAAGUUUUACCCGUAAAGGAGAGCUUGUUGUACACCUGAAAAUUCACACGGGUGAACGUCCUUUCUCUUGCUCAGAGUGCGGGAAACGUUUCCUUAAAAAAGGAAAUCUUACCGAACACCAGAAAAUUCACAACGGUGAGCGUCCUUUCCCUUGUUUGGAGUGCGGUAAAGGUUUCUUUAAAAAAGAAAGACUUAUUGUACACCAGAGAAAUCACACUGGCGAGCUCCCUUAUUCAUGUUCAGAGUGCGGGAAAUCUUUCACUCAGGAAGGAGCACUUGUUAAACAUCAGAAAAUUCACACAGGUGAGCGUCCUUAUCCAUGUUCAGAGUGCGAGAAAUUCUACAUUCAUAAAAGAGACCUUGUUAAACACCUGAAAAUUCACACAGGUGAGCGUCCUAAUUCCUGUUCAGAGUGCGGGAAAUGUUUCAAUGCGAAAGAACACCUUGUGCAACACCAGAGACUUCACUCGGGUCCGGAUCUUUUGCUCAGGGGGGAGCACUCGUUGAACAUCAGAGAAGUCACACAGGUGAACGCCCUUAUGCAUGUCCAGAGUGCGGGAAACCUUUCUCUUAUACAGGAGGCCUUGUUAAACACCGGAGAAUUCACAUUGGUGAGCAUCCCUGUUCAUGUUCAGAGUGCGGGAAAUGUUUCAUUGUGAAAAGGACACCUUGUGCAACACCAGAGAAUUCACAAGGGUGAGCGUCUUUUGUCAUGUUCAGAACGUGGGAAAUUUUUCAAUCAUAAACAACAACUUAUUGGAAACCCGAAACACCAGAGAAAACACACCGCCGAGCGGCCUCAUUGCAUUCAGAGUGCGGGAAAUGGUUUACAAUAAAAAAGAAAAAAUCUGAGACAUCAGAGAGAACCCACCUGCUGAUUCCUAUGACAAAUGUACAAUGACUUUUUCAGGUGGAACUGAGUCUAUAGAACAUCUGAAGGACAGGAAAUUGUCCUUCAAAGAGGUACAUCCCAGGAGAAGUGAUAUUUAAUUUCUAGGUUUGACGGAGCGAGUCUUCCCUUGUCUUCUUCUAUUUCUUGGAGACUCUGAUGAUGGGACAUACCAAGAGAACAAAUGUUACCCUACGAGCCUCGGAUUCUCCUAGGGAGGGGGUCAGAUAGUCCCAAGUGGUGUACAAAGCACAUCACAGUACAUUGGGGGUAUAGGAGGAAUGUUUUAGUUUAGACACACCCCAAAACCUUGUGGACGGCCUUCCCAGAAGAGUUGAAGCUGUUAUAGCUGCGAAGGG